AUGGCAAUCCCACAGGAAUGCGACAUUCUAGUGGUUGGUAGUGGAAACGCAGGUUUCUCAGCUGCUAUUUCAGCCGCCGAAAAUGGUGCCAGGGGUGUCGAAUGGGCUGGAGGGAAUACCUAUUUCACUGCAGGUGCAUUUAGAACAGUUCACAGCGGUCUGGAUGACGUUCUCCCAAUUGUGAACAAUGUCACGAGUGAGCAAGCAGGUAUCAUAGAUAUGGAGCCAUAUACCACCGAAGAAUUCACAGAAGAUAUGUCAAGAAUGACCGAUGGACAGACGAACCAGACCCUUUGCAAAGCCCUUGUCCAGGACUCAAAUACCACCAUCAAGUGGCUUGCGAGUCUUGGGGUUAGGUCUCAGUUAUCAUUUAACCGACAAUCCUACAAAGUUGAUGGUCGCAAUAGAUUUUGGGGAGGCAUGUCACUGAAAACCGAAGAUGGUGGGAAGGGCCUUAUCCAGGACUACCAGGUAGCUGCGCGGCGUGUGGGUAUUUUUGUGUUUUACUCAACGCCCCUGAUGAGAUUAGUUUCCGACCCUGCCACCGGUACACUUUCCGGGGCCGUCGUUGAGAAUAACGGCAGUGAGACGAUUAUAAAAACCCAAGCCGUGAUAUUAGCGGCUGGAGGCUUUGAAUCAAAUCCUCAGAUGUGGGCACAUUACCUUGGUGGUGGAUGGGACAAAGCCUUUCUCCGCGGUACUCCAUACAAUGUUAGCGAUUGCCUUGAGAUAGCAAUCCGCGAUAUGUCAGCGAAAAAGGCAGGAGACUGGAGUGGAUGCCAUUCCGUUGCAUGGGAUGCCAAUGCUCCUAAAUCUUCAGGUGAUCGUGACAUCUCAAACCAAAUUACCAAAUCAGGCUACCCCCCUUGGGCUGAUGAUCAAUGCAGAGGGGAAAAGUUUGGCAGAGCUAUCCUUGCGCAGCCAGGACAUAUUGCAUUUCAGGUUUGGGACCACCAGGCUAUUUCAUGGUUACGAGAAGAGGAAUACCGUCCAGAGGUUGUCGAGCACAUCACUGCCCCUUCAAUAUCCGAACUUGCUGAGAAAUGCUCUCGUGUUGGACUAAUGGAUAAAGAAACCUUUAUCAACACGUUAAGUGACUAUAACGCCGCAGUUUACCAGCAUCGCAAGGAGAAUACGGGCGCUGAAUGGAACCCGGCAAUCAAAGAUGGACUGUCCACGCAAUCGUAUGCCGGUGGCCUGUCCCUCCCCAAGUCCAACUGGGCUCUCCCUCUCGACCAAGGACCGUUUCUUGCAGUAAAGGUUACCUGCGGCAUUACGUUUACAUUUGGAGGGCUAGCCGUGACCCCGGAAACGGCUACAGCCAUUUCUUCGGCCAACAAUGAACAGAUCCCUGGCCUCUACUGUGUGGGAGAGAUGCUUGGUGGUCUCUUCCAUAGCAACUAUCCGGGAGGUAGCGGCCUAACUUCUGGUGCUGUCUUUGGCCGCAGAGCUGGAUCAGUAGCAGCCAGGAGAGCUUAGGCUAUAAGUUUAUGGUACAGUUCUACUAGCGUAUAAGUUGAACCAAAAAACGUACCUUUUACGUUGGCCACAAGAAUCGGUUAACCUCAUCCUGAUGUAAUAUAUGGACGGUGUAAUAAUUGAUCAACCUAGCGUUAAUAUUCCUUCGCAGAGUACUUGGGCCUUGUGUACUCCAGAUAAUAUUCUCCAGAGUAUACGUUACCUACCCUUUUAGAUUAUUUGCAUGGCUGCAUCACCCGCGUCUUCUGUACGCUGUAACUAUAUCGCCAUUGUAGGUUCACACGCCUCCCUGAAUGUCCCGUAUUUCCUCUAUUUUCAAGGCAAUUGAACUCCAAUACCGCCACCUGACGGUAUGAUCUCCUUGUGUUUUGUUGUACCCCUUCUGCUACUACGUACUACUCCAGAUGCUUUCUUUUUACACCACUUGAUGAUGCCGAAGGUCCUUCAACGGUGGACAUCAACUUGUAUAAGCGCCGCCAAACGUGUUUCUUCUCCAGUUCUGUACAUACUUUGCGGUGGAGAAGGAUUACUGGCUUGGGUUUCUAAUGGUUGCACAGCAUCAUUCAUCCAUCGGGUAUUGGGCGCACUAGGCAUGCUAAGUAUAAUUUAUACGACGUAUAAUCUGGUCUGUCUGGUAGAAGUGGCGUCAAUUUAGGGUAGAUAUAGUUCCCCGCGAGGCUAUGGGGGCAAUCGCUCUACACACGCCACUGAUGUGUAUAUGAAACGUAGCCACCAGUAGGAUAAGCAUGAUUCCGUCCAGUUGUGGUAUUCAAAAAGGGACCCAUGCAACACGGACCCUUUGGGGUAGCUAGACUGUAAAGGUACAAAGGCUGAAGCAAAAGGCAAGAGGACGAAUUUCGGCAGUCAUGGGGCAAAUCCAAGCAGGGGCUUUUGAGAGUCAGCAUCCUACCCCGUAAUCCACAUACCUAAAUGCUGUGGACGUACAUUCUCUGUAUGUACGAUCCAUGGUUUUGUGAGGUGGACAACAUAGUCAAGUAGAGGCCAUACUCAAUGCCGUGUUAAUGCAGGCCAAUCAAGUAAAAUAACGCAAUAUUUAGGUAAAGCGUAAGGGGGAAAGGGCAUUUCGCAAUUGGGUACCAUCGUCUGCUGUCUGAUAGUUAUUUUUAUGUCUUUUUUGUUUCGAUUUCGUUUAUCUGCAUAUUCCAAAAGGAACUUGGUACUUUUCGCGACCGAAAUUAACCAGGUCAUACAGAGAGAGGCAUGGCAUCCUGAGACGUAUCAUAUGCAUUCGAUCAAAGCAGACACAAGAGAAAGACAAAAAAAGUUGGAAGAUGGUAUGGAUGAGCAUCCCGGUACAGUCUUGCACUGAUAGACAGGAACUCGGAUGAGGCGCAGCAGUGUCCCAUGGUAUAUGUUAGCUGCUGCACAGGAAAAGAAAAAAAAAAGCAAACACUCAACGCUAAGGGACGGCAUACAUAUUUGCACAUAAUCUGUAUGCGUUUAAACAUUCCCAGCCGGAUUAAUCGCGAAGGGAAGCCACAAUUUGCAUUGCCGGCUUCGAGUGACACUACAUCCCGAUUCCCUACUGUUCAUUUUUAUAGAUCGUUCAGGAAUCGGCCACAACGGCCUCUUAGCCAGAUCGAUGGCCAGAGCUGGUAGCGCUGAGCAGGGACAUUUCCCAUCUUCUCUUAAUACUGCAGUGUUACCACAGAUCGAGAUGCUCCUUUGGAGUGCAG